CUCUGUGAUUGUGAAAUCCCUCCCAUCUGUGGGUUGCAGACCCAAGGGUGUGGGUCUUGACUCUACUGCGUCUCCACCCCUCCUACCUGGCUGGUGGUGGUCCCUUCCAUAUACCCUCAGCUGUGGAAGAUCCUGCCCGUCUGCUGGUCACUCUCGCUGACAGCUGCCCUGUGACUAACUGGAAUUUGGAUGUGUUCACAGGAGGAGAAAAUGAGUAAAAGCUACACCUUGAAGAAUCCGGGAAGGGUAUCCUACGAUGCUGGGAUGAUAAAGAUGUUUUGGGAGAAGAAAAUCGAGCUUCACACUAAACAGCUGCAGAACGAGGACAUGCGGAUCCGCAGGAGUGCCCUGGACAGGCUCCGCAGCGAGUGGGCUCGGAAGCUGGAGAGGAGGAACCAGGUGACGCUGAGCAGCCAGGAGGCCCCUGGGCUCGCCCCGCCCGGCACCCCCGACCAGCCCGCAGCCUGAGGCCCGACCCGCUUCCCCGGACGUUCCCGCCGUGGCCCCCGCGCCAGCAGAACCACUUUGCCGUUUUGCGUCUCUAGCAUGAUGCAAGCGC